CGUAGUCCUAGUGGGUUGUGGCCGAGCCUCUGCGGAAGAGGAAAGCGCGGUUUUCGCCGCCCUCUUCCUCUCGCCGGGGUUGCAUCGCUCCUCGCCUGACUGAGGGGCGGGAGGAUGGCACUGGAGGCUCGAGGGAUGGAGCAGGACGUGGAGGACGGGGAGAUUUUGGAUUCCAACUCGGACUGCGAAAUGCCGGUCUCGGCCGCUACCAGGAGCCCUCAGCAGAAACUGCAUGAUAACAACAGCUCAGCCAGGCCUUUCCCAAGCAGCAUUUCACCCUGUACAUUAAAUGUCCCUUAUCGGACAAACAAAAGUGUGGACUCGAGUGAUGAGAGCUUUUCUGAUUCAGAUGAAGAAAGUUGUCUCUGGAAGCGAAAGCGGCAGAAAUGUUCUAACUUCUCCUCCCCUAAACCAGAGCCUUUCCAGUUUGGCCCAAAUCCUCAAAAACAAGUGACUCAAGGGGGUAAAAAGAUCAACAACAUUUGGGGUGCAGUACUUCAGGAGCAGACUCAAGAUGCAAUGGCCUCAGAACUUGGGUUUCUUGGGAUGGAAGGGACCAUUGACAGAAGCCGGGCUUCAGAGACUUACAAUUACUUGUUGGCAAAAAAGCUAAUGAAAGAAUCUGAACCAGAAGUGGCUGAAGCAUUAGACAAACAGCUGGAUGAAUAUAUGCAGGAUGACAAAAAGACAUUAGCAAAAGAUGAGGAGGAAAAUGGACAAGGGCUUUUGAAACGGAAGCGGGCUGUUAAGGAAAGAUUGGGUGAAAAGCAAGAAAUGGAUUAUAAAGGGAGAUACGAGAUUACUGAAGAUGAUCCUGAGGAAAAAGUGGCAGACGAAAUCGCCUACCGACUUUGUGAACCAAAAAAGGAGCUUAUUGCUCGGAUAGUGAAAAUCAUUGGGAAAAAGAAAUCUAUAGAACUACUCAUGGAAACUGCUGAAGUGGAACAAAAUGGAGGCCUCUUCAUAGUGAAUGGCACUAGAAGAAGAACACCAGGAGGAGUUUAUUUAAACUUACUGAAGAAUACACCAAGCAUAACUGGAGAACAAAUCAAGGACAUUUUCUAUAUUGAAAACCAAAAGGAGUACGAGAACAAAAAGGCUGCAAAGAAAAGAAGAAUUCAAGUUCUGGGAAAGAAGAUGAAGAAAGCUAUUAAAGGGCUCAACCUACAAGAAUAUGAUGAUGCUUCCCGAGAGACUUUUGCUAGUGAUACAAAUGAAGCACUAGCUUCUCUGGAUGACUUGCAGGAAGGACAUGGUGAAAUGAAAUUGGAUCCAGAGGAUGCUAUUGAAAUAGAUAACACUCAUGAUUUAGACAUCUUUUAAUGUACUGCAUGUGUGAGAGACCAUAGUUUUUCUGAAAAAUGUUCAAUUGCAGUUUUUUAUAUUAUUUUUCUUUACAUUAGAUGCAGUAGUACAUACUGAAAUCCAGUAAUAAGUUGCAACUAGAGUAGGGCUAUUGGAUCAGUGGGGAUUUGUGAGUCAACACCUAUGUACAUUCCACUGACUAAAUGGGUAUACUUUAGUUACAGCUCACCACCGGAUUUUAGUAACUGUGCCAGUUGUAUGCUGAACAAGGCAUUUGUUUUUCUCAUUUAAUGUUAAUGUGUGGCUUAUCAGCUUAUUUGAGAUCAUGAAUGUUUUUAGAUCUCUCUCCUUUGUUAAAUAACUUACAUGUAUCUUUACUUGGUUACUCAUCAGUUACUCACCUCAGAAUUAGUUCUUGGUAAGAACAAAACUGAAUGUAUAUAUACUGAAUAUAUACAUUCUCUGGAAUGUUCUCAUUCCAGAGUAAUGUUCCUGUGUGAGGCCUACUGUAAGUGCAUGGGAAUAUUUCUUAAUUUAACCAAAGUCAAUAUAUAAUGAAAAGUUUAGGAACACAACAUUGGACCACGGGUGAAAUACAAUAUUCCGUCUGCUUGUAAAUUAAUUUUAAAACUGUCUUUGAAUAGUAUUGUAAGAUUAGAAGAGAAUAUAAUGUAGUGGUAUUGAAUGUUCUUUAUUUGGAUGCCCAUCACUGUAAAAAUAGAAUAUUAUUUCUAAAGGAUUUUAAGGCAUCUUCAGAUUUAUUUCCUGUUUCAAUGAUGAUUUAACAAUCUCAGAGUAGGAUUUUGCUUAUGACUAUGAAGCGCAGCUACUCUGCAUUACAGAUCUAUACAGUUCUAACCUUGCCUUUUGAUGGUGAAUUAUUAGUUCUAAACAGCAGCUUUCAUAAAUAUCUGCCAUGACUUAAUAAAAACAGAACCUUUGUACCACUUUUCCAAUCAUCUACUACUCAUUUCUGGGUUUUGUGUCAAUUCUGUAGUAUUGCAUUGAAUUACAGGAACAUUCCUCAAAUCAUUUGUAUUUAAGCACUGUGACAUGGAUCCAGACUUAAUUAUAUUUUGACUAGGUCCACUGAACCACAAGGCAGUUCAUGAUUAACUUGUCUUGUGUUGAUUUCAGUGGGUCAUCUUACAACAUGGCAAACUCUAGAUCUAGCUUGGUACAGAUAUCCUGUCCCAGUGGGCAGGAACUUGCUUGUACAUUGCCCUGUCUAAAUCUAAGUCUUCUUUGUUUCAUUGCCUUUAGGAAAACGUUCUGGGUUUCAUAGAUAAAAUUGAUUAAAUAUGUUAAGUUAUGCAAA